UGAAUACUGUUUAGAUGGCGCUGAAUUAAAACGAUAAAAAAUGGCAACCCUGUAAUUCAGAAACCACUUUAUCCAGGAGCGACAAAAAAAUCAAAAGUAAGCUUUGUGAUCGUGAGCCAGGUAGAUAAGUUUUCGUUCGGUUGCCGCGCGCUGGAUAUCUUUUACGUACGUUUUUUUUAAACGGAGGAUUGAUAAAGUGAGUGUUUGCGGGGGACUGAUUUACCCUCAUCGGACAUAAUAUGGGGGACUAAAAAAAAAUUGUAUAGAAAUGCCCCUUUCCGUCAGUUUCCCCCCGUUUUCAAUUCCAUGUUUACAGUUAUUUCAUUGAGUUUAUCCUAAGCCUAAUAGAACGGACUCAGGUGUGUUGUGGUUUGAAAAGGCUCUUCCACGCCCUUUUGUUGUCGAUGGUGAAAGUGCGAUUUGGAAGGGGGCCACCCCCUGUUAUGAUUAUGUGGGUGUUGUUGUUAACUUUUUUAAACUUUGAAAUACUUGUGAAUGGAAGGACUACAGAAUUAGGUGGAUAUAUUUCGGGUACGUUGGUGCUGGAUGCUUCAGAUUCCCCGUUUGAAGUUCGUAAAGAUAUUAUCAUAGAAGGGGAAUCAAAUUUAAUUAUUAAACCAGGAGUUGAGUUAAGGUUCGCUCCAGGAAUUGGAAUUACCGUUUUAAGAGAUGGUAUUUUGGAGGCAAAGGGUUUUGAAGAUCGCAAAAUAACCUUCACUCGGCUGGUUGACAGACAGAUUUCCUGGUCGGAUUCAGACUUAAAUAGAUCCAAAUGGCCAGAAGUCAGACUAGUAGAUGGACAUUCCAUCUUAGAAGGCCGUCUCCAACUAUUUUACAAGGGACAAUGGCAUUCUGUUUGCACGAAUUCCAAAAACUGGACCGAAAACAGUCUACAAGUAAUGUGCCGACAACUAGGAUUUACGGGUGGUCAUCUGAAUCGUUGGUUUCCUCGAAGUAAUGACUCCAGUCAAUUUAUGUAUGAAGAUCCCCAAUGCUCAGGCAAUGAAUCGUCCCUUUUUGACUGUCCUAAUUGGAAUUCAAGACAAAUUGGCAGCGGUGUGUGCGAUUUUCAUGCGGAUAUUGGAAUAUCAUGUGAAGGAUACCUUGGUAGUCAAAAAUCUUCGAAUUGGAGAGGUGUCAAGUUUAGUUAUGGCAAGACGAAAAUAAAAGAACCCAUCGAGAACAAAGUUAAAAAAAUAAUUUCUUUAUCUAGUCUUGAACAUGUUAACAUCUUUCAUGCUGGUAGAGAUGCCUAUGGUUAUGCUGUGCCUGCCAUAGAUGUUAUUGGUCAACCACCCAUAAUGGAAACCGUGCAUGUCAGAAAUUCUGCUUUAAAUGCAAUUAAUGUUAUAGAACCACGUAACACAUUUUCUCUGGAAAAUUGUCUGCUUGCGGAAAAUAGAGGUUAUGGCAUUUUUGUAAAUAGCAGCAUCAGCCAAGUAACUCUUAAUGGAGUAGACAUCAGAGACAAUGGUGGUGAUGGUGUUCACUAUUUCCACCACGAUAACUUUGGAACAGCUCCCUCUUUCUGUGAUACUGGCAAUAUUUUAGACGAACAAAUAUAUCCUGUAUACCGGAGCUAUGUUCAGAGAAGAGAACAAUAUUAUGUUCAAAAUUGCGAGCAGGCCUUUGAAGUCGCAAGUUGGACAGGACAAGUUCUUACUGUAAACUUCAUGGGAUUUGCAAGUGACUUUACAAACGCAAAGUACGCUUCCCGUAUCGAUGUUUAUGAUGGAGCUACAGAUAGUAAUAGACUUCUCGCAUCUAUUCCCGUUUUAAACGGUACAUUCCCGCAAAGUGUAACCAGUACCAAACACAAAAUCUUGUUGAAGUACCGGCCUAUUAAGAGUUUCUUCGCUGCUUUCGUUGUGGAAAUUACUGCCAAUCAAGGGCGAGCGUACGAUUUGAACGUAACAAACAGUCGCAUCACGAACAACCUUGGAAAGGGAAUCACUAUGCAUGAGCAAAAAUCAGGCUUGUUAGUAAAUAGUUCACUUGUUUCAGAAAACGGUUACUUAGCUGGAAUCGACAUCGCCAGUGGAACUGGAGAUAUUGUUAUAAACAGCAGUCUCAUAUCUGAUAACAAUGGAGACGGAAUCAACAUUACAUUUUCUGGAGGUUAUGUACAAGUGGAUCGUUCUUCCGUGGCAAAUAAUUUGCAGAGAGGAAUCGCAUUCUGGUUUAAUGAAACAUCAAACCAUUUGGCGUUUAACCACACGGUACAAAUCACUCGCUCAGAAGUAGUGAAUAACACUCUUUAUGGUAUCAUGAUUGGGAACCAGUGCCUAGCUGAUUCAUUUUGGAAUGUAAGUUUGAACUCUUUUCGCAAAAAUAGAGAAAGUGGCGUGUUGAUAUCAUCUUGUUGGUGGACAACCAGGAACGUAAAACAAAGCAAUUUGUUGAUAACGCAUAAUCAGUUUUUAGAAAGUGAUUAUCUGGCAAUUGAAGCUUCUCCUGUUCUACACAUGCACUUACUGAUUGAGCACAACGAGUUUAGGGGACACGAAAGAGGUGUCAUUUUUGUUGGAGGAUUGGAUGAUGACGAUUUUUUGAACGUACCUGCUAAAGUUGAAAUUCAACGCAACUUCUUUGCAUUCAACUAUGGUAAAUUUGUUGCUAAUAUAGGAGUAGCAAAAGGUCCAUCCGUGCAAGAACUAUUAUUUUAUAAUAACGACUUAGAAAGGAACAUUGUUCGAGAACCUUAUUCUUCUCUUAAUCCCCGAUCACGUGUCAGUGCCGUCGUAGUGGUGUCAUCACAAAGUACACAUGUUUACAGAAAUCGUUUUGAUAAUAUUGAUUCAGUUUAUCAGCUGGGAUCUCACGUGGAGAAACACCACAUAGUUAUAAACGCAAGUUUUAACUAUUGGGGAACUGUUGAAGCGCGUAAAGUUUAUGAAAAGAUAUUUGAUAGGAAGGAUCGUUAUAACUUAGCUCAAGUUGAAUUUUUACCAUUUCUUACAAUUUCUUCUGAUCUUGAGUCUACUGCAGCAAUAUCAGAUGUUCGUGAACGUGAUAAAAUCAUCCCUUUUCAAUCUGGGAUGGAAAUCGGGGGUGAAGUUCCUGGUGUUAUAUUUUUACCUAAAGGUACUUAUACUGUCAAACGUGAUAUAUAUGUCCGACCUAAAAAUGGAAAAUUACAUAUAGAACCUGGUUCGACUUUAAAGUUCGAUCGAUCUGUUGGCAUGAUGGUUCAAGGCAUGCUGAUUUCCGAAAGUGAUUUGGAAUCUGUACCGAUUACGUAUACUAUCAAUAGUUUUACCACCACUGCCAAUGGGGAUGAGAAAAGAGUUCGCCUAUCGCAAGGAUCUGAAGGCUUAUUAGAAGUAUACGUUGAUGGAAGAUGGGGUAGUGUGUGCAGUUAUGGAUGGGAUAUUGCUGACGCAUCUGUUGCUUGUAAUCAACUGGGAUUGGUCUUACAUCCAGAAGAUUGGCUUUUAGAGCAAUCAGAAUUUGACAGUUCUCGUUACGAAAUACUUUUAUCUAACAUUCAAUGUACCUUUCAGGAUACUGAUAUCACUUUUUGUAAAUCAGAGAGAAAAUUUGAAAAUUCUUGUUCUACUAAAGUUGGAUUGCGAUGUUAUCAGCCUUCGUGGUCUGGUCUGCGCUUAGGCAUGGCUGCAGGUGAAUGUAGGCUAAAAAAUAUGAUUGUUGAAUAUGCUGGGCUUUUGGAUUACGCUACAAGCAGUUUUAAACCAGCUCUUCAAAUAGAUUUUAAUCGACACCAUCUUUCAAAACUCAAGAUCCAUAACAACACCGACUCAGGCUUGGGAAUAAUGUGGAAUGAAGUGUUCGUAGCGGAAAGCCGUCAAUUACUUGACAGUCUGUUAGCAUCGAAUCAUCGUCAUGGUUUAGUUUUACAUACUCAAGGAUUAAGUGUUCUGAGAUGUCUAAUGUCUAAUAACGCUGGAAGCGGUAUUCACUAUAAUCCAAUGUUUUCUAAAAAUGAACAAAGAGACUUAAUCUCUUGGAUUAAUUUAGAAGAGAGAAGUAAGGUUAUUAGAAUUCCUGAUGAUAUCACAGGAACUAUCUCUCUAAAUUUUGAUGAGUAUCGGUAUUUUGUGUUUACUCAAGCAACAACAGUUAAACGAUUCAACAUAACCACCACAAGUGGCAGAAGCUUAGGAAUUGUAGUUCUGAACCCUUUUAAGGAAACUUCAACUGAAAGCAUGACCAUUUAUGGAAGGUUAGAGACGGGACACGAUGUACCUCGUUGGAAUGCUCGCAACAAUUUGACAGCAUUUCCACUGAGAAGUCCAGGUUAUGGAAUGCUAAUAGAAUAUCAUCCUGGGCAGAAUCCAAGUGGCCAAGCAAUAAUAUACGUAGCAUCCGUGGAUGGGCAAAGAAAUAAACAGCAGAAGGAAAUUCAUCCGACGCUGCUCAUUGAUUCAGUAGCCAUUAGAGGUUGCAGCAGAGGCAUUUCAAGUCAUCAUUUCAACAGAGAUAUUAGUGAUCGGAAUGAUCAUUUUCAUCGAUACACCAACGAAACUAUUCUCAUCACGAACACUGAGAUCUCCCAAAGCAAAGACGAAGCCAUGUUCGUGUGGGCGCCAUUUUGGGAUCCUUACAUAAAAAAUCUUGCAGAGAUCAACUACACCUUGAUAAAUUGCACCAUAAAAGAAAAUAGAAAAGGAUUGUUGCACUACAGCAGAGACAUUCGCAAUUCGAACAAUUUAUUUCAUUGGACGAUUAAUUCCACUGCGUUUGAAAGAAAUGGCGAAGGGGGCGUAGAUAUAAGGCUUCCAUAUGUAUGGCAAUAUUCCGAGAACUAUACACACUCAUUUGCAAUGCACGAUUGCUUAUUUAAAAACAAUAACAAGUUUGAAUUUUCUAUAAGUGGACAUUUUGCUCGUGUUAAUCUUUCCCGUUCAUUAUUUGAAAGCAAUAUUUGCAAAAGAGGUAUUCUAAGUUUCUCCGGUAUGGAAAAAGAAUUAUUAGUCGAGAGUAAUUACAUUACAAACAACUCAGCUGUAUUUGGCGUAGAAUUUAAUUUGCAGAGCCAUGCUAAUAAAUUUGGAUUAGUGCCUGCUUAUUUCCGAAAGAAUAUUAUCACUCACAAUCGAGAUAUAGGCGUUGGGCAGAAAUUUGGAUACCAACCCACAAGUUAUGCUUUGGGUGCCCGAGGAGUACAAUCUAUUAAUGUAACUCAUAACAUUUUUGACAAUCCAAAUUUACAGUUUGAGCUUUUGACAGGAAUUUAUACUGGAUCCGUCGAAAAUAAAAUCAAUGUGCAAAAAAACUGGUGGGGAACUUCUGAUUUUGUUCUCAUUCAAAAAAGGAUUUUCGAUUUUGAUGACUGGAAUGGUUAUGCUAUAGCUGAUUUCAAUCCAUAUUUAAGCAUUCCUGAUAUUGAUGGCCAUUUAAUACCUUUUGACAACAAAGAACAGCUUUUCCUUAUUGAUGGAUAUCUAGGCGGUCGCCUGUAUCACAAUCUUGUGCUUCCUCUCAAAAAUAAACCUUACAUAGUGACAUCGGAUUUAACUGUUAUGCCCGGUGCUACUUUAACUAUAGAACCUGGGGUGGUGAUGGAAUUUUACCCAAGUGUUGGCAUUCUUGUUCUAGGAGAACUUGAUGCCCAAGGAACCAAAACCGACCCUAUAAUUAUGAAACCAGUAGAAAUAUCUGACAACCAUCGUUUCCGCAGGCAAGUUGGAGCUGUCUCGUCUAGAUUAUGCAUUGAUGAGAAAUGUGAUAAAUAUAGAAAUGAUGGUUUCCUCGAAAUAUACAACCGUACCACUCAGCAAUGGGUUCCUAUUUGUGACGCUAGAUUUACCGAAAGAAAUGCUCAAGUUGUCUGUAAAGAAUUAGGACAGAGCACAUUAAAUGCGCACAUAUCAUUCGGACCUCGCCUGGACAUGGGUCCAACGCACAUUAGUCAUAUUAGAUCCUGGCCACAUCCACUAGAGUGCAUUGGAACAGAGUCAUCACUGAUGGAAUGUGAAUAUAGGUUGAACGGCUAUAUUGAUAACUAUAUGUGCCCACACGAUGGAGAUUUUGUGUACGUAUACUGUGGUUCUGAAGUCUUACCCAAAAAUAUUGAUCACUGGGGUGGUGUUCGUUUUUCUAUACACAGCUUCGAAAAUCCAGAAUCACCUUUAAGUCGUCCAACUCUAAAUUACAUUUCAACUGACUUGUCUAGACUUUCUUACGUUCACGUUCAAGGCGCUGGCGUUCUUCAUAAUGAAAAAAGUGCUGCAAUUCAGCUUGUUCAGAGAGAGGUACAAAUUGAUUAUGUGAACGUGAGUGAAAGUGCAUCGCACGGCAUUGAAGUUAUUGGCGUGUCUGGUAAUUUGGCCUUCAAUGAGCUUAUCGUUAGAAACAACAUGGGAGUUGGCAUCAAUUUCUUGUCUUUAACUGGGGAAUCGUCUGGAGAUAUGGAUGCCAGUAAAUUGGGUUAUGAUCCACUACAACAGAUAGACAUGUCUUAUGGAAUUUUCGGCUUAGUUGAUAUAUGUGACACCAACAAGCAGAUGGAAAUUGACAACAGGAUAAUUCUUUAUUAUAAAUACGAUAACCAACCUGUUGAUUGCGUCAAAAUCUUCAGCUCUCGUCAUUAUGGGAAACAAAUUGGCUUCAGACUUUUACAAUUCAAUCUCUUCAACGGAACAAAGUAUGCCGCAAAGCCAGAUUCCAUACAAAUCUAUGAUGGAGAUGUGUUUAAUGUGUCUUCUCCUCAAUUGACCUCCAUAGGAUUGGAUUCCGGAUCUGAUGACGCAAUUAAAUUUUACGUUUCAUCGUAUACAACUCUAAGUAUUCUUUUGCACACCAUUGGAGGCAGUGGAGAUCAUGGAUUCAUUGCUGAAGUUGUCACAUUGCCCAUAUCUCAUCCCACAGUUCGAGAUUCUCAACAUAACAUAUCCUAUUCCGAAAUAUCGCAAAAUGGUGAAGAAGGUAUAGCCUACAGAAGCGCCGGAGAAAUCACACCAGCAGUGACCAUAAGAUACAAUCGCAUUACCAACAAUGGCAGAGAAUUAUUCGGAAAUUUCACUGCUGGAAAUAGUGCUGUAUUAUUGGAUGUGCAAAACGCAAAGCUGGUGUUCUUCUACAAUAAUCUGAUCAUGAAGAACCAAGGAGGACUCUUACUGAGGGUAGAUUCUCGAACGGCUGUUUCGGCCCUAAAAGGAAUGAUCGUCAAUAACCUCUUCACUGAAAAUAGAAAUCGAGAAGUACUGAAUUUGCAAGGAAGGAAGUCUGGAGCGUUUCAGUUUAUAACUGUUUUAAGAAACUAUUUUGCUAGGAACUAUGCUCGGUAUAGAGAUACCCUUGUUAUUUCACAGGUGGUUUCAAACUUUACAGAAAACAUGGCUUAUAAUAAUACGGGCAAACACGUUUUGGAUGUGCAAGGUUUCGAACGAAUGCCUCUCUCUUACCAAACUUGCAUUAGAAAUUGGUUUUGGCGGAACGUUGCCACUGAUUAUUGGGAUAAAAGUACAAUUAUUGCUAGCAAAGCUGGUCAAAGGUUCAAUUAUAACUACAUGGUGAAUCCUGAUAAUGACUUUGAGCUGGCCGCUAAAAACCGAACAUUGAAAAUGUGCUGGUGGUUGGACAAAAAUAGGCGACACUUGUUUCUUAUACGUCGGUGGGGUUAUGACUUUUGUUGAAGCAAAACGAUUUUGUGAGCUGGAUAAUGCCUCAAUGCCAUACGUCAAAACAAAGCACGAUGAGUUGAUGGCGUUUGUCGAACAUCAACAAUACUAUUACCAACACUAUUCGGAUCGUUUUUGGAUUCAAUCUUUGGAUAUUCCUCCACGGGAAUGUGCAGUUUUAGUAAACAGGAAAGUUGUGAAACAUCCUUGUGACGAAUAUUUCCCAUUCUUGUGUGAAAGAGAUCCUGAAAUAACUGUUUCAACAAGUUUGUGGUUUAUGGAACCACUCACAAUAGCUUUCCUGUGUGUCAGCGCUCUUUCCUUCCUUUUUGUGGCUCUAUGUGUUGGAUUUUGGCUUUGCAAGUCCAGGCAAAGGUACCGAGAGAAAUUGGAAAGGAGAAAUUCCAUACGAGCAUCUAUUAGAUCAAAUCGUUCUCUAACAGGCUUUUCAGAACUAGGCUACAAGAGGAGAAUAGAAAGAGCAUAUGAAACAGAGUCAAUUCCUAAACCAGUUCAGUUGAAAAUGGAUGGAAGUUUAGAUUCCGUAGAAAAAUCAGCAUCUAAAUUUAGCUGUUCUAUGGACGAUAGCUUCGAAAAUACUCUUGGCGACACUAGUUCAAGUAGGGUUCCAAAUGGCGACUUUUCUGCUUUUGGAGGAUUCCGCUCGGACGCAGAACAUGAAAACAGGACGGCCAAUCUGAUGGCUCAUCCAACAUUUGAUUUGACAUAUGAAAAUCAGUGUUUUGUCGAUCGAUCGGUUUCCAGAAAUUCUCACGAAAUAUCUAGAGAUUGGAGUUCUUCUACGGGGUCUACUCUUGACAUGAAACGAGCUUUGGAACGAGAAACUAAAGAACAGAACUACCACGUUGGUCCCUACAGGCAGACUCCUUCUCCAGCUUUAACAUUGGAAUCCAAUGGAGACAGUAGCCGAAGCAGCAACAGACAACCUCCAUUGGAAACAGCCAUGUAAAUAAAUUCAAAACAACAAGUCACAACAUGUUCCUAUUGCAUUUGCAAGUUUGAGAGUAAGCUGUGCUUGCAUCAAAAAAUGAUGUCUUUCAAUCACAAAGACUGAUUUUUUCAGACUGAUCUAAAAGCUCAGUUGCAUGAAAUAAGUUUAACAGCAACUUGCUCAAUAAGUAAACUGGAAAACAACGAUUUUGUUUAUUUAAAAAAAAAAUCCCAAAAAGGCUCAUACACAUUCUGAAUAGGGAAUAAAUUAGCCCAAGUUCGCUCUAGUUUAUAAACCUUAUUUACAUUUACUUUAUUGCAAGUUACUAGUAUGCUUGCUUAGGUUAACACAACAAACCUGAUUUACUUAACAGCAAAUUGCUAGUAAAUUCUCUCACAGUAACUGAGCUUUCUACCAAAGUUUUUAAGUGCCUGCUUUCUUUUUCAAGACUUAGUUAUCAGCAAAUAAUACUAGUUUGUGAACGGAAACUGAAAGCAGUGUUAGAUUUAACAAUACCUGGUGCCAAGAAUGAAGCAGGAUAAAAAAUAUCAUGCCUGAUAUUUAUUUAUUUAGUUACGAUUUGAGCAAUUAAAAUUUCUUAGUGACCUAAGGAAUUCACAAUCAUCUUAAAAUCAAAAGUGUGAACUUAAGUGCCUUCAUUGAAUACAAUGCUCAAGACUGUAUUUUUUUUUAUGUGCAAUAAAGCACGACUGAAGAAAAGGGUGCUCAUAAAAUUUACAAGACUUCAACAAAAAUAUAUUUUUUCUUUUUUUUAAGAAACACACUUCAUUUUCUUUAUGGUUUUAUUUAAAAUCAACAUUAACAAACAUAAAACACCAUUUUAAUUUCAUAGUUUUAGGUAAGCGAAUAGAUAUUUAGUCAUCUUUGGAGAUAAAAACUCUUUGAUUUCAUAAAAUAGAAAUUUGAAUGCAAAAAUGAAAUAUUGUUCAGCAAGUAGUUUAACACUAUUUGCUUUAUUAUGCCACGAAAUUAAGGUAUCAUAUACAGAUGUAGUUUACGAUCCUGACGAUCAAAAGUAUACUAUUAAUUGUUAUUUUUAUAGUUAUUGUCUAAUAUGGUUUUAAAAAAAGUAAGAAAAGGCUGUACAAUUAAAGAAUAUCACCAAUGAAAUUGUUGUAAUUCAUGUAAUUGCUUUUCAUUCCAGAAAUUUAGCACUUUCACGUAGAAUCCCUCACCCAUGAUAUGCGCUUGCGCAUGUACUACGAAACAAUCUCAGUUUUUUUCUGAGUUUGAGUGAAACAAAACAUACAUGAAAGAAUCGGAUGCUACGUGAAGUUGCUAAAUCUCUCUAUUAAUAGUACUUCAUACCUAGCCUUACACACGCUUACAUUUUUGUAUUAUUAAAGAGCUUACUAUCAUUAAGGGCUCAUUAAUAAUAAAUUAUAUAAGUUAAUAUGUAAUUAGCUAAGGAACUAUUUUAAUAAGUUGUAUAUUUCAAAAGUGAAAUGAAAAUGUAAAGAGCUACCAAUUUUUAAAUUGGAAUAAGCCAGUUAAAUUUUAAAAAAGCUUGUAUAUAGAAAAAAUAUGCUUUGUUGCUUACCUAGUAAUCAUUGUGUUAUCUAGUUCAAUAUUUAAAUAAAUUUCAUUCUCACAAAGGAACGGAAGAAGAAAACUGCCUUUUUAUGUAAAAUGAGCUUUUUUUUAAAUCGUUCAGUUUUAGUGAACGAACACGUGUAUAUUUGAUUUGUGUGAAAUAAUUUUUAUACUUAUUUUAAUAUAAAAGUUUUAUAAAAUAUUUUUCAUUGUAAUAAAUCAUUUCCAUUUGAUACAGA